AUGGGAAAUCAAGAAACAAAGUCUGGUUCUUUAAGCCCGCAACUAAAGACAAGUCCAAUCACACACUUCACUCGUCCAAAACAUAUCACAAGAGACUACGAAAGCUUCUCAUCCACACCAUCUCUUGUAGAAUACUCAGAACAUCAUCUCAAUUUCUCUCUCCCCCCUUCUCCUUCUUUUAAGGAGAGGUUUUCAGUGAAUUCAGUAAAACAAGACAAAUCAGAAAGACCAAAACGGGUAUUUGUUGCAAAGACUCCUCAAGAAAAGUGCUUCGUAGUGAAUCACCCGGGGGCCCUUCAUAAGCAAGUCUCGGAAAGAACCUUAACAACAAGUGUUCUUUCACAACAAAAUACACAAAGAACCAUGCCAAUCGCUUCUCUUAAUCCAAAUCAUGACUCAGUAGACAGAAAAAAAGAGAAAAAUGGUCUCAAAAGUCCAAAGGCAGAAUGCCCUUUCUUUCACUUGUCUCAACUCCUCUUAGACCCACACGAGUCGCCACUCAAUGCUUUCAAACAAAUUACUCGAUUGAGAGUCCCUAGAGUCUUGUACUACUCAAAUAAAAGUUAUUCUACAAAGGAUUUUAAUAGUAAAGUGUGUGGCCACAAUAAUGUGAUGGUCAUCGUGACUACUGCAGACAACGACGUCUUCGGCUGUUAUCACGAAGAAUCUUUCCCGACUCCAAAAGACUAUUCUGUGAAGGUAGAGAGCUCAGAGAAAUUCUUUCUAUAUGGGUAUAACAAUAAUACAGAGAACCCUAUCUAUCCUCUCAAACAAGGAAUAACAAAAACAGUAGUCAUCCACCCCAACGAUGAUAAGAACUUCUUUUUCACUGUAUUCUCCGCGUUUUGGAUUUUGAGUGAAGGCGUUGGGUAUAUCCACCAGAACCUCAGAAAGGAAUAUAACAUAGCACCAACAGUACUCAACCCUUUCACUUCAAAAAACCUCCUCAGCCCUAUUAAAGUCGAAAGUGUACUUGUUGUUGAAUGGACCGAAUAA